GUCACAUCUGUUCUGUUGUUUGCUCCCAUCUUCUUAUCAGUGUGUGUGUGUACGUGUGUGUGUGUGAUCAUGACCAGAAAUCAAACUACAGCUACAACUGACCAAGGGAAUCAACUCCACACCAACUUAACACAAGUGACCCACGGCAUUCGGACAUCAGUGAAUCAAAAUCAGACCAACUCCACAGCAGUGACCCAAAGAAUCCGUACAUCAGCCCCUCGUCCUGAUUGGCUGUUGUACACCAUUCCUUCCAUUGCCUUUGUGAUCGGACUCCUGUUAUUCAUAACUGUGUGCAACAAACUGCGCCCCAGAGAGUCAGCAAGAGUCAGAAAGGUUUCAGCUAUAAAGACAAUAGAAAACAGAACCACAUCAGAACCCAAUAACAUAUGUUCUGGAUCCAUUGUAGCUGAUCCGAAAACAGAAUCCAGCCUCAAAAAACAAGAGGCCCAGUCUUAUGAGAAUGUUUCUGCAGCCAUCUACAAUAAUCAGGAUGAAGUGACUUACUAUGUAACCCAGGAUGAUGACUACAUCACCCCUGAUGCAAUGGAAGAUUACAUGACAAUGCAAGAGCAAAACCAGAGCAACCACCUUCAACCACCUCACAACACAACAGAUACAGAUGGGGAGUCAUAUGAAAACAUGGAAGCCUGUGUUUAUGCUCAGCCUCGCAACAGCAGACGCAAACACACAGUCAGCCCUGAAGAUGACGAGUCCUAUGAGAAUAUGGAGGGCACCAUCAGCCCCUACAAGUCACAUCUGACCACUCAUAACAGCACAAACACCCUGGAUGAUGAGUCUUAUGAGCGUAUGGACAGUAUCCAGGCCCCGGGUGAUGUGCGAGAGAGGGCUGAUAGAGAGGGGGAGCAGUGGUACUUCAGACAGAAGACAGUGUGAACAAGGGAAACACCUCACACUGAUAGUUUUGUACUUAAUAAUAAAAAAUAAUCAGUUUCAAAUUUC